CGCUUGUGCCGUUCACGCGAUUCGCCGGCAAUACUACCUGGACCGUCCACGAGAUCGUUGCUCUCGCGCGCCUCCGAACCCGUUAGCUGUCUGUUACUACUGUUCCCACCCAUCGCGAUGGCCCACAUCGAGCUGGAAACGGAGGAUAAGCUGGAGUACCGGUUCGUCCCAGCCGGGAGUUCGUGCGUUAACUUUAAGGUCCGUGCCCCGAACGAUGCCCACAUCGCGCUCACCAGCGGUCCGGAGGAAUCGGAUCCGAUGCUGGAGGUGUUUAUCGGUGGCUGGAAGAACACGAAAUCGGUCAUCCGCAAGAACCGCACCAAACCGGAUGUGGCUGAGGUGGAGACGCCCGAUAUCCUAAAUGCUGGAGAGUUCCGUGGCUUCUGGAUCCGGUGGCUUGAUAACGUCAUUACCGUUGGCAAUGAGGGUGCGGCUGCUGCGUUCCUGUCGUACGAGAACCCGGAACCGUUCCCCAUCAAGUGUGUUGGCGUGUGUACGGGUUGGGGGGCGGCCGGUUCGUGGUUGAUUGAGCCGGCCCAGGAGGAAUCCGCGGCACCGACGGCUUCCGCUUUGACCGGCAGUGUGGCCUGCUGGAUUCCGGUGGCAAAUGGCGAAAUCCCACCGAAUGCCGUCGUCGGUGGGUCGGAUGGGGAGGAUUUGUACAUUGGCCGUGCCCAUCACGAGGGUGCGCUCAUUCCCGGCAAGGUGGUCCGCUCGCAUGGCGUUUGCUACGUGGCGUGGGGUGGUGUCGAGAACCCGAAGGCCGAGUACGAGGUGUUGUGCGAUUUCGGUGGAGUGUUUGUACCGGGCACUGGCAGUGAGAUUCCGGCCACCGCCGUACCGGCCGGUGAAACGGAGGAAGGGGAACCGCUGUUCAUCGGGCGCGUCAACCACGAGGGUACGGUUACGGUGGGCAAGGUGCAACCAUCGCACGGUGUUUGCUACAUUCCGUACGGUGGCCAGGAGCUCUCGUUUGCCGAGUAUGAAAUCUUUGUUAGUCCCUAAAAUCAUCACGAGGGUCGUGAGCAUUAAACACACAGCUAAUAAUUACGUGAAACACACGCCACAAAGAAUCUCGCUGCACAACGCGGUCUGCCGCAGCCGCAAAAAGCAUGGCCUUACGCACAUAACGCUACACGACACAACGGACGCUAAUCCGGCGCCUAUAUUAACAUUAUUCUAUUUAAUCACAUACCGCGCGCAUACCGCUCUGUAAGAAGAAAGAUUCGAGAGACUCAAAGUCUCGAGUGUUAAAUACAUUUAAAAAGAAA